AUGAUAACUUUAAUGGGGAAUAAAGACAUUUUCAAACCUUCUACGUACCCAAAAAGAAAACGCAAGAAUGAACAGGCGGGAAUAGCGAAACCGAGAAGCUUGAGAUACAAACCAUCAACAGAAGCACUAAAUUUGAUAACAAAACAAACCAAUUUACCCGAGGCCAUUCAAAGCGAGUCGGAUACUUCAUUACAGUCAAUCUCAAAUCAGGAUGACAGCAAAUUAGAUGUGUCUUUUACCUCCAGAACGUCCCAGGACAGAACUGCUACUACGGAGAAGCUGGCCCCUGAUUUGCCAUCGAGUCUGAAUCUGAAUCUGAAUCUGAAUCUGACAUUUGUACCAGAACGAGAAGCGCUGCCCAUCUUACCACAUAUAAAUAUGGGACGAAGCUUGACUCUUCCCUCAAGGCACGUCAAAAGUGAACUAGAUAUUCGUGAUUCAGAUAUACUACAGGCAACUGCAACCAGUCAACAAACUAUUCCAAGUUUGUCUACACAUCAACCGACGCAGACGCAUCAUCCACUGCAACACACACAUACAAUGAAUCCAACUUACCAACACCAGCAGAAUGUCCAGUAUUAUUUUCAUUCUCCCCAACACCAACUGAAUCAAUCGUUUCAACUGGCGUCUAUUCUUGAAGGAGGACCCUACCGUCCUUCUCUAAUCCCACUACAACAAAUGCCGGGUGCCUAUAUUCCCAACCAAGAGUUAUAUCUUUUUAAUCAACAGCACCAUCCACCACCACAUCAUCUGCUACCACAACAACAGUAUACUCCGAUGAACAUGGCGAGCUACUAUCAGUAUCCUGCACCCUCACUGUCACAAAUGGUUCAACCUCCACAGCAGAUGUACUACAACGUGCUACCGUAUUCAGUUACAGAUCCCCCAUACGCUAAUAUGCACGGGAUGCCAAGAAAAUCCAAACAGUCUUCUACAUGGUCGGCCGACGAAGACAAAGUAUUGAGAGAAUUGAAAGAGGUACAGAAAUUAGGGUGGAGAGAAAUUUCUUCCUUCUUCCAAGACCGUACACCAAAUGCUUGUCAAUUUAGAUGGAGAAGGAUCAUUAGCAACUUGGAUGCGAAUUCAAGAGUACCGAGCUCAGAAGCGUUCGAUAGGGAAAAAGUACUGAAUUCUUCAUCAACUAGUGUUACCCAGAUAGCCAUUCAAGAAGAGCUUCAAUCUCCAUAUGUCGUACCUGCAUCACACAGUCGUGGCAACACUGACGAUGACAAAGAUGAAGUUGCCGACAAGGAAAGUCAAAAACUGUCCAACAAGAUUGACUUUUUACUAAAUUAA